AUGAGCCCCCCCCCAAUUGAAUUGGUACUAGCCUGUAGGCCACGACCAAACAUUGAUGUCGACAACUUGGCACAGCGUGCUGUGCUCCAGAAAAUGAAGGACUCUAUGGAGUUCGUUCUCGCACUCAAGAAUGCGUCUUUGGACGAUCCACUUGCCAAGCUUAGUGAUGAUGCUCUGGAUAGACUGCGGAAUCCGCCUCAAGGGCCCAUCAUUAUUGACAGCCCUGGUGUGCGUCAGAGCAUCUCUAUGUACCUUGUGCUUGAACAUGGCUCUCAAGAGGCCUAUAAUCGAAUGCGGAGAGCCACAAUGCGCAAUUUUGAGGGUGCUAAUGGUGCUGAAGAGAUCCUCAGUUUCUACAAUGUCGAGAAGCUUAUUGCCCAGCACACUGGUGUUGAAUCGAUUGAGCAUGACAUGUGCCCGGAGUCAUGCUUAGCGUUCACAGGUCCAUUUGCCCAUCUGGAGAGCUGUCCAACGUGUGGCUUAUCUCGAUGGGAUCAAGCAAAGUUACGAGCGAGUAGUGGACGAACGAAGGUCGCAGCACAAAAAUUUGUCACUAUCCCACUUGGUCCCCAGCUACAAGCUCUGUAUCGUGACCCAGAGAGUGCGCGUCAUAUGCGAUACCUUUGGGAGCGAACACAGGAGGUUCUAGAUGGUCUGAGGCGGACAGGAAAGGUUCCUGUCGUCGACGACAUUGCGAUGGGGUUUGAUAUUCUUGGUGCUGUGCUUGACUGGAGAGAUCAAACAGGAUGA